AUGCCAGACGAUUCACCUCCUUCUUACCAAACAACCAUGGCUCAGCCCGCUCUGAAUAUCACCAGUCCAUCUGGUGUGACACAUCCUGCCAAUAGCGACCCCGCUUUGGCCAACACUGGUCCUGUUCAUCGACCGAGUCACAACAGAGCAGACAGUGACGCCAGUAGUAUGAGCGAUAUCAGUGACGCCAGUGAAGCAGGAUUGACACCUGGCUUGGUGGAUGAAGAAGGAAGAAGAAGUAUGGAUGAUGAACAACGAGAAUUGCCACAAGGUUGGGUUAGAUGUUUUGAUCCAAAGACUGAACAUCAUUUUUACGUCGAUGUAGCUACGAAAAGGUCCACUUGGUUACAUCCUUACGACGAUCCAGAAUAUCUUCGUACUUUACCCGACACUCAUCCCGCUCAUCCAAAUUCGGCAGAGGCCAGUGCUAUGCGUAAACGAGCAGAAGAUGAAGCUUUGAUGGUAGAAGAGAUGAAAGCUGCUAAAGAUAAGAAUCCAAAAGGUUCUUCAUCUCUUUCCCCUAAAGACAACGCGGCUGGUCCUUCGGUUGAGAGAGGCGCAAAUCCCGAUGGAACUCAUCCAUGGGAUAACGCACAGACACAACAUAGGAAUUGGUUACAGAAGAAGAAAGAUCAACUUAUCGGGACUAAAGAGGAAAGACAGAAAGCAAAAGAAGAAAAAAGGAAGAUGAAAGAAGAAGCUAGAAAACGUCGUCGUGAACAAGAAGAAGAAUAUUUACGUAGAAGGCAAGAGUUGCUGAAACGGCAAAUGAACGAUCCGAACAUACGCGCGUACUACGCUUCGGACCCAUUCGGCUAUGCCGCCCCGGCUGGACCGUACUCGCGUUCAGGAGGUUUAUACUCGAAUCCUUAUGGUUAUGGAUACUCGGGAGGUUACGGACGUAGGUACGGAUACAAUAGUUACGGUGGUUAUGGCGGUUAUGGUGGUUAUGGUUACGGAGGUGGUUUAGGUGGGGGUGGCUUGUUGUUAGGUGGAGGUGCGGGACUGCUGGGUGGUCUUUUGAUCGGUGAUGCACUUGCUGGCGGCGGAGGUUUCUAAAUAUCUUGUUCCAAGUAUCAAACACGAACACAUCUAUAAAGUCCGAGGCUGAAAGAAUAUAUGUACAGUAUGUAUCGCUUACUGAU